AUGCAGAAGAAGGCCGGACCUCCACCCCCACCGCCGCCGCCCAAGCCCAAGUCGCUCUCGUCCAACACAGUUGUAACAUCAUCCGGGAUCAGUUCUCCGAGCGGUAAGCGCGGUCUCGGUUGGCCCUGGGACCAACCCAGCUCGCACUUUAAGCUGUAUGGGCCGCACGCCGCGGCCGGGCGAAUCUCGUGGCUCUUCAACUGGGAGUGCUGGAUCCCCGAUGCUGUGCCCGCGGGGGUUGAAUGGGUCCCUUGUGUCCGAACCGCGAGCAAUGCCCGCGAACAGCUGGAUCCCUUCUUGACGGACAUUGUGCAAAACCGCGGCAUCAAGACCAGUGCGCUGCUGGGGUUCAAUGAGCCCGAGAUCCCCGACCAGGCGAAUUUGGGUGUCGAAGAGGCCGUGCGGUUGUGGCGCGACGUCGUCGUGCCCGUCAAGCGGAAAUUGGGCUUGAGGCUCGGAAGUCCCGGCAUGAGCAGCGACGUGGGCAGGAGUAAGCCGUGGUUGGACGCGUUCCUGGCGCAGCUGCAGGGCGACGACGAGAUCGACUUCCUGGUCGUGCACUGGUAUGGGCCGCACUUCCGAGACAUGCGGGCGUUCCUGGAGGACAUGCACGGCACGUACAGGCUGCCGGUCUGGGUCAACGAGUUCGCGUGCUCGACGAUGGGCAACGGCGAGGCCACCGCAGAGGGGGUCGAGGCUUUCAUGAGGGAGGCAAUUCCUUGGCUUGACGGUUGCGCGUGGAUCGAGAGGUACGCUUACUUUGGGAACAAGGAUGUCGGGGCCUGGGUUGGCAGAGGGAAUAACUUUACAGAAGAGGGAGGCCCGGUCGAGACAGACGGGAAGAGAUUGACGCGGGUCGGCCAGCUCUACUGUGAGCUUUGA